AUGGCGGCGGCGGCGGCGGGCCCCGGCGGCCGGGCCGCGGUGGGGCGAGGGCGGCGGCGACCGGGGGGGCGGCCGGGGACGGCGGAGAAGACCGAGGAUGAGGCGGCGGAGGCGGCGGCGGAGUGCCCGGCGUGCCGCCAGGCGCUGGCGGAGGCGGUGACGCCGCCCUGCCGCCACUCGCUGUGCCUCGCCUGCUUCCAGCGCUGCCUGCAGGGCCCGGGCCUCCGCUGCCCGCUGUGCCGCGGCCGCCUCGCCGCCGCUGGGGCCGGAGGAGGAGGAGGCGGAGGAGGAGGAGGCGGCGGAGGUGGCGGCGGCGGCGGCGGCGGCGGGGGGGAGCAGCGGGCGCCGGACCCAGACUUCAUAUUCAGAGCGCCCAUUAAGCUAAGCAAACCAGGGGAGCUUCGGGAAGAAUACGAAAGCCAGCUGAGGAAGAUGAGAGAAGAAAAACUACAAGAAGAAAAAGCUUCUGAGGAUCUGAUUCACAAGCUCAUUCUGGAUGACAUGGAAGUAGGAAAAAGAAAAAUGGAAGAGCAGCAGAAAAAAGACGAAUCUGUAGUGCUCAAAGCCAACCAGGAGUGUUUUCCCGAACGCCUCUCGGAUUCGGAGAAUGAAGAACCAUUCCAGGGGAAGCAAACGCAUCGGUCAGCUUUCGUUUCCAAGACCAGUGCCUACUCCUUUGCCUUCCUUUCAGGGAACCUCACCUCCAAGGUGGAGAGGAGUCGGAGCUGCACUGACACCAUCCAGGAGAGAUCAAAGAGCAGGCAGAGAUCAGCCCCAGCCGGCAAAACAAAGGUCCCCCCCAUCACCAGCGCCUCGACGCCUCUGCUGGGCGUCCUGUCGUCCACCCAGAACAACCGCUGCCUCUCCGCCCCCGACCUGACGGCCGAGAAGCGCCCGGUGCUCACCGCCGCCUCCUCCCUGCCGGCCCUGCACAAGCCGGAGCGCUCCAUCAGCCCCGAGAGCAACGACAGCAUCUCGGAGGAGCUCAACCACUUCAAGCCCAUCGUCUGCUCCCCCUGCACGCCUCCCAAAAGGCUUCCGGACGGCCGGGUCCUGAGCCCUCUCAUUAUCAAGUCCACCCCGAGGAACCUCAGCCGCAGCCUGCAGAAGCCAACCACCUACGAGGCCAGCCCCAGGAUACUGAAAAAGUGGGAGCAGAUAUUCCAGGAGCGCCAGGUGAAAAAGACUCUCUCCAAUAAAGCCACCCUUACGUCCUUGGCUUCGGAGCCCGGGGAGGACGCCGUGGGUCCCGACGUCACCAACCCCUGCCACCGAGAGCGGCCGCAAACGCAGGAUGAUCAGCUCCCCCCCGAUGCACCGGGAGGCCCCCGCCCCGAGCUGGAUUUCUUCCCUUCUAUCAGUGAAACAACGCCGGGAAGAGGGAGCGAGAAAACCAGGGAUUCCCAGGCCUUACCGACGGACGAGAGCGCCGCCGAGCGAUCCGCCGCUGUCACCUCCCUCCACCCGCGGCCGCCCGAAGCCCCGGACCCCAAAACGAACGCGUUGGUGGACAAAUCCUGCCUGGCUCUCGGCCCUAAAGCGCUGAGCAGGAGGAUCAUCGGGGUGAGCGCGGCGCUGCCGGACAGCAGCGCCCUGGGCGUCCCCGUCAAGCCGUCGUCGGGGAAGAAGCAGCUGAAAUACCUGAACAGCAACGAGCUGAUCCACGUGCAGAACAGCUCCUUCGAGGGCAUCAUCGGCGAGCAGGCGCCGGCGCUGCGCCGGGGAAGGAAGAGGCGCUGCAAAACGAAGCACUUGGAGCACAACGGCUCCGUCAAGAGACUGAGGCACGCGGCGGGGGACGCGGGCUUGGCCCCGGAGGAGCGGCUGGUGCGGGAGGUGGAGCAGAAGCUCCAGCAGGAGGAGGAGGACAGGAGGCUGGCCCUGCACCUGCAGAGGAUUUUUGACAGCGAGAACAGGACGGUGGAGAGGCGGAAAGUCCGGGUGGACCGGUACCUGCUGCGCUCCAAGAGCACUCUGGGCGCCAAGUAGCGCCGCCGGGCGACGUUGCCUUUCUAGAGGACGAUGAGGUUUAUCGGAUUGUCUUAGAGGAAAGCUAUUUUUUUGCCAUGCUUCCACCCACUGCCGUUGUUUGUUGUUUUUUUUUUUUUUUUUUCGUUUUGGUGGUAAGGCGUUUGGAGGUCCAGUUCGGAGAGAAGCCAGAGUCCUUACAGAUUUAAAGGAAAAAAAAAAAAGGGGGGGGAAAAAAACAAACUCCUCCAGCCUGGCUGGUCCAUGGGUCUGAAAGAGGUCCCUCAGCCCCCCGAACACACUGCAACGCGGGUGGCAGUCGGUGACAGCGGGGUUCCCCUAGCAAGAAGGGUUUUAUGGGCAGUCCCCGGGGUCCUGGGUCCUCAGCACCCCGCUCUGGGUGGCCCCGCUUGAGCAGGGGUUGGACCAGACGGACCCAGAGGUGCCUCCAACCUCAGCUUCUGGGUGAAUGUUUUGAGAUUACUAUUUAUGUUUUGAGAUUAUUGAGGUUUUUCUCACGCGAAGGACCUCGGCCAGUCGUUGCCUCGCCAUCUCGGUGUGCCAGGGAGCACCCGGAGCUCUGCUCGUGGGGAGGAAAGUAGGUCCUGGGAGCAGCGUGCUCCUCUCUGCCUGUCCCGUUCUCCUCCUGAUGCUGCAGUGAUCUGACUUAAGUAUUAUCAGAAUAUUUGUACACCCUGGCUGGAUUUAAGCUUAAACCAGCCGGGCUGUUGGCGAGGGAGGCUUCGUGCUGCUGCUUGCAGGUGCCAGGUGGAUCCACCUCUAGUGGUGACAGACGAAUGUGCCUCGCUGGCUGCACAGAGCUGAGGUUGCUUCCUCCGAGUAGAAGGCCAAAUGUAGUGAAGAAGGGUGUAUAAUUGGGAUUUUACAGAACAUUUUAGGAAUGUUGCACGUUCCUGGUCAUGACAGAGCAGGAAACUUGGGCUGGGAGCUGUCCCCUGGAGCUGUGAGCCAGGGAGCUCGUGCAGCUUUUCUCCCAGGGUUUCUUCUCCUUCCUGCGAAGGCAUCAAGGGGGAAGGAAGGGAGGAUGGAGGAAGGGGAACGCUGGCCCUGGGAAGGAGGAGGUGGCAGGUACCCUGCAGGCUCUCGCCAUCCCUAAGCCCUCUCCCAGCACCCGACGAGUUUCUGGCAGGGGGUCUGGGGGCACACGGGGUGCAAUCUGCCCUCCCCACGCUCCGAGCUUGCCACCCUCAGGUUUGAACCACUACGAGAGCUCAGGUGAGCGAUGCACUACAGAUUUCCACUUCGGGGCACGAGGUCGGGCACGGCUGGCGGAGCAGGAGGAGUUGUCUACCCAGACGUGGCCUCUGGUUGCAGCCGCCCUCCGUGCUCUGCUUCCUUUCACCUCUCUUCCCCAUCCUUGGGGUGAUUCCUUGGGUUAUUUCUGGUAAUCGGGCUCUAAAAGUGCUGCCUUGCAGUGUGUUCGCUGGGCACCAUCAGGUGCCAGGGGACGAGGGGCAUUUCCAGGACGUAACCGAAGCACGGGUUAAACGCGCCGUGUCCGCGGCACAAAGGGAAGGGCAGCUCGUGGUUGUACAGACCCAGAAAAUGGUCGUUGCCCAAAUUCCUCCUGAAUUUAUCUUAAAAAUGGCCCAAUUUCUCCCUUCCUCUUAAAAAAAAAAAAAAAAAAAAAACAGGAACUGGUUUUGUUUUUCUCUUCCAGCACGCUUGUGGUAACUGCAAGGACCCUGGCGCGUUUUCCGACUUGAACUGGAUUUUUUAAAAAAAAGAAAUCUUAUAUUUUAAUGGAUAAAAUUUAUAUAUUUUAAAUACUAUAUUUCAACAGAUCGACACUUUCGUUUUGAGAAGUCUUAUAGCAAUGAUUCCGUAAUAUAUAUAUAUAUAUGUGUGUGUAUAUAUAUAUAUAUAUAUAUAUAUAUAUCUGUAUCUCCUUACACACAAACUACUGGAUGGCCGAAGCCGUACCCAGCCCGGGUCUCUGCACCUCUCCGGAGGCAGAUCUCUGCCCCUCGCACGGUGCUGCCGCAUCAGGCGCGGUUCUUUGGACUCGAACCGAAUCAUGCUCGCGUACCCGGCGAUUAAUUGGAAGGAGAUGGAGUAAUUAGACCCCGACUGGACCGACAAGAGCGGCGCGGAGAUGAGUAGCCGUGGCCUGAAUUCGCCCUCCGCAGCGGUUUCUAAAGAAUAAGCUCAGGAUGGAAACCCCCAGCUUUUACCCAGA